CACAGACGGUCUGGAAGUCAUGGCUUCCCGAGCGCUGGACACAAAGUUUGGGAGUGUGUUUCUGGAGGACCGAGUAUCUCUGUUCGCUCGGCUCAUGGAGAACCACGGCACUGUCAGAAAGAAGUUUCUGUUACACAGACUCAUUGUGGUUGGUCGUCUCCCCAGCGGUCUCAAAGACAGAAGGACAGUGGGAGUUCAUUAUGAGAAGCUGAAUCAGAGUUUACAGAGGAGCCGUCCGGGUGAAGACAUCACCGGUCUCCUGCUGCUGUAUCCUGAACACACUCUACAUGUCAUUGAGUGUUCAACUGAAACUCUUCAGUCAGUCCUGCAAGACCUGCGACACAUGCAGGGAGACCUACACAGUGGCCUGAUCCUGGAGCCCAGAGUUCUGCUCGUGUCCCACAACCUUCCCAGCAGACUCUUCCAGCAGUGGAACUACAAGCUGUUGAGUGAGUCUGACAGCAGCCGUCCGGUCGGUUCAGAGGACCAGAGCUCGGAAAAACUAGUGAGCGAAACUCUACAUCAGCUUCUGAGUCUCGGCUGUCACCUGCUCAACAUAAGAGAACAGAUCACGGGAUCUAAAGAGAUUCCAGAGCAACUGUUGAAGGAUGCGUCAGAGCUCAUUCCACCACAAGCUGCUGUGUCUCGUCUCGUCCAGAUGGAGUCGCUGUUGAGUCCAAUGCACUACCUGAGCACAUACUUCUCACCUCUACAUCAACUGCUGGACUCUGAAUCAGUAUGGCCAGCGGUGGAACAUCUUCAGAUCGUUUGAACAACUCAAUAUUCCAGUUUUUCUUAAUUGCUUAAACACAUUUUUUUUUAAUUGUGCCUCCUUUUCUCGAAACUCGACACAAAUCCAUAACUUCCCACCCAACUCCCCAAACUUCCUAUUUUCGGGUCAAAAUGAAGCUCUCCACUCAAAACCGUUCAAUCAUUACGUUCAACCAGAAAACCUUUUCACAAGAGACUCAACAAAAGACACAUCAAACGUGUCUAUACAGGCUUCAUUCAUGGCCUGGAGGAGGUGAAGACGGAUGUGAGGUUCAUCACUUUCCACCGCCGUGCUGAAGAAACUCUAUCGGGUUUGAAAGGGAGAGUGUGCCGGCAGAAAGAUGUGGGAAAGCCUCGGGUUAUUGUUAAACCAGUCGCUGAUGGGCGUGCACAUAGUGACGUUCCCUCUUCACUGACCAGGGACAUUCACAAUAGCCCGAUGGUCAAUUAUGUUCCUCCCCCUUCUCAUCUUCCUCCUCCUCCACUUCCUCCUCUCUCUACUCCUCUUCCUUCCUCUCCCUACUCCUCCUCUUCCUCCCUCUCCCUACUCCUCCUCUUCCUCCCUCUCCCUACUCCUCCUCCACCUCCUACCCUUCCUCUUCCUCCACUCCCUACUCCUCUCUCUACUCCUCCUCCACCUCCUACCCUUCCUCUUCCUCCACUCCCUACUCCUCCUCCUCUCUCUACUCCUCUUCCUUCACCUCUUCCUCCAAUCCCUACUACUCUUCCUCCUCUUUCUUGUCCUCCUCCACCUCCUAUUCUUCCUCUUCCUUAACCUCUUCCUCCACUUCCUCCUCUCCCUACUCUUCCUCCACUCCCUACUCCUACUCCUCCUCCACCUCCUACCCUUCCUCUUCCUUCCUCUCCCUACUCCUCCUCUCUCUACUCCUCCUCCACCUCCUACCCUUCCUCCUCCUCCACUCCUCCUCCUCUCCCUACUCCUCCAUCUCCUACCCUUCCUCUUCCUCCACUCCCUACUCCUCCUCCUCUCUCUACUCCUCUUCCUUCACCUCUUCCUCCAAUCCCUACUACUCUUCCUCCUCUCUCUUGUCCUCCUCCACCUCCUAUUCUUCCUCUUCCUUAACCUCUUCCUCCACUUCCUCCUCUCCCUACUCUUCCUCCACUCCCUACUCCUACUCCUCCUCCUACCCUUCCUCUUCCUUCCUCUCCCUACUCCUCCUCUCUCUACUGCUCUUCCUCUAGUCCCUACUACUCUUCCUCCUCCUCCACCUCCCCCUACUCCUCCUCCACCUCAUAUUCUUCCUCUUUCUUCACCUCUUCCUCCACUUCCUCCUCUCCCUACUCCUCAACCCCCUCCACUUCCUCCACUUUCUACUGCUCUUCCUCCUCCUCUCCCUACUCUUCCUCCACCUCAUACCCUUCCUCUUCCUCCACUCCCUACUCCUCCUCCACCUCCUACCCUUCCUCUUCCUCCACUCCCUACUCCUCCUCCUCUCCCUACUCCUCCAUCUCCUACCCUUCCUACUCCUCCACUCCCUACUCCUCCUCUCCCUACUCUUCCUCUCUCUACUCCUCUUCCUCCAGUCCCUACUACUCUUCCUCCAGUCCCUACUACUCUUCCUCCAGUCCCUACUACUCUUCCUCCUUUAUAGUUUAGGGAAACGGGCGUCAGUUAUGGUGCCUGAUUAUAGUGUUUAAGCAAUUGAGACAUUUUCACUGUUGAAUGCGUCAAUGAUUUUCCCUUUCAUCGAUCGUGAGGUUUCAACUGUAUUUUUUGUGAAUAAAAUACAUGUACAAGUAAGUAAUGAAAAAUGAUUUUUAAUUGAGAUCACAUUCUGAUGAAGGAUGUAGUUCUUCACAAGACUCCAGUUUUCCAUUUCAAACACACACACACACACACACACACACACACACACACACACACACACUGGGCCU